GAAGCGCUCUCCGGUUGGCCAGGGAAGGCUGGCGGUAUUUCCUUCUCUGGGUUAUCUGUAAAACGUGCUGCUGCUCUGUGUGAAGAGCUAACAGCUAGGUCAAUACGGGAAAGGUGGACCUGGAAAAGCUUUUAAGAUGUCCUACUCGUCAUCACGAAGCUCCUCGCGCAACACUGACUGCAAGGUCUAUGUAGGUGACCUAGGCAAUGGUGCUGCCAAGGGGGAGUUGGAACGGGCGUUCAGCUACUAUGGACCUUUGCGCAGUGUCUGGGUGGCCAGGAACCCACCUGGUUUUGCCUUUGUCGAGUACGAAGAUCCCAGAGAUGCUGAGGAUGCGACAAAGGGCAUGGACGGCAAAGUGCUCUGUGGUGCCCGCAUAAGAGUGGAGUUGUCAACCGGUAUGUCUCGCAAGUCACGCCACGACCGCCCCAGCCGCCGGCACUUCGACCCCAACGACCGCUGCUACCAAUGUGGCGAGAAUGGCCAUUAUGCAUAUGACUGCUAUCGCUUUAGCAAGAGGGGUGGUGGCCGCCGCAGCAGGUCCCGCUCGCGGUCAAGGUCCAGGGGAAGGCGUUACCGCUCACGCAGCCGAAGCAACGGCCGCGACCGUAGAUCUGGGUCCCCAGCACGUUCCAAGUCCAGAAGUCCAGUGCGCAGGUCGUCCAGAAGUCCAGUGCGCAGGUCGUCCAGAAGUCCAGUGCGCAGGUCGUCCAGAAGUCCAGUGCGCAGGUCGUCCAGAAGUCCAGUGCGCAGAGCAGCAAGCCGCUCCCGAUCUCGCUCCCGCUCCCGGUCCGUGUCCCGCCCCAGGGCGCGCAGCGUCUCCAGAUCUCGCUCCCGGUCCAAAUCCCGCUCAGCCACCACCAAGAGGGACAGUCGAUCCAGGUCUCCGAGCCAGAGGAAAAGCCCCACUCCUGAUGCUGACUGACCAUGGGGGUGAGACCGCUCCCUGCCCUCUCCUGUUCCGCUGUCCCCGUUUGCCUCGGGGCUUGAAGCCAUUUUACACCUUUGUCUAUCUAUUUGAUUUCUUUCUCCUGUCAUUUUUUUAAUUUAUCCCUUGCUUUUCAUCCUCUGGCUUUGCCAUUAUUUCAUCUGUAUGUACAAAGGAUUCCCAAACUCCUUUUUCCAUCAUGUACAUUUCAAUAGCUCGUUUUACAGUAUUUUUUUAAAUCUUUUUUUGCAUUCUGUGCGUUUUACUCUAGUUUGUCAAUUUCUUUUUUUAAAGCUAAAUGAUUUGGUUUUAUUUCAUUUUCAAUGUGAAUGGCGGGAUCUUUUUAAUAAAAUUGAUCUUUACACUAA